GUUAGCAACAAAGAUGGCGGGACUGACAACAGAUCAAGUAAAAGCGAUUGCAAGUACUAAGGGUCGAAGAAGUGCCCGGGGUGUGCUGGCUGACUGUUUAAGCUGGGAAUUGAAUGAAGAUGAUGUAAAACAAAUAAUACAGUUGGACUACCUCUAUGACACAAUUAUGUUUGCCAUAGAAAAGGGGUUUGCUUGGUCUCAAGUUUGUCUAGUUGUACAGUUAUCAAUGGAGUUACUAAAGGAGACUGUUGAUCAACCUAUUACAGAAGCCAUCAAGAUUUUAAAGUCAAAAUGUUGCCAUUAUAAUGGGAAAAUCAGUGGCAGAAACAUUCAACUUUACACAGACUACUUUUUUGACACUUUUAUGAAACACUUUAAAUUAUACCAAUAUGUUUUCACCAGAGAAAGAGAAAAAUGGAACACACAACUGAAUCUGACUGUGGAACUACCUCGUGACCCUCUUCCUUGUAGCAGUGGAAAGCAGCAGCACUUAUGGGAAUAUGAUCAAAAAUGGACAGAAAUAGAACAGAAAGAGACUGAAAAGAAGACUGAGCUUGCACAAAAGAAAACUGUUGUUUCUGAGGAGAAUGAUAAAACAAUUAAGGAAGCUUACAGAGAAGUUGAACAGUUAGAGGAAACUGCUGAUAAAGAGACUAUUGCUAAAACAGUAGCAGCAUUUGCCUCUGCACAUAUGAAAUCUGCCAUAGAUAACUUGAGACUCAGCAUAGAGGAAGCAGAAUAUGAUCUGGACUUCAAGCUUGAAAAAACAAGUUUAGCUAGGCCACAAGAAUUGGGCCCUCCUCCCAGAUAUAAUACUAAGUCUCCAAUAAGAGGAAAUUCCCCAGUUGGAAGAAAAAGUGCAAACUCAAAAGCAAAGGGAAGGGACAAAUCUUCAAAAGGAAAAAAGUGAAACCUUUUCUUGCAUAGAACUGUACUGAAAAUGGAAUACUUCAGUCACUCAGUCCCAGGCCAUGUAGAAAUU